AUGUUACUUCAACAAUUAGCAAAUUUUUUGAGCCUUGUAACAAUAGGCAUGUGUUUUAUAUUAAAAAUUCCCCAAAUUUUGAAUUUGCUGACUGCCAAAUCAGCAGAUCAAAUUUCAGUUGUAGGUCUGUUGCUAGAACUGACAAGCUAUACUGUGAUGACUAGUUAUAAUUACACAAAUGGUUACUCACUACUGUCUUAUUUGGAGUACCCUAUCAUUCUACUGCAGGAAUAUGUUUUAAUCUUCCUGGUUCUGAAGUACUUAAAUAAAAUAAACACAUUCUCCAUUCUACUUUCAGUAUUCUACUUUCUUCUAAGUAUCUCAUUUGCCAUGCAACUAAUUCCAAAAGCUGCUCUUACAAUUUUAGCGCCGUUGUGUACACCUAUUUCGUUCUCGAGUAAAGUAGUUCAAUUGGUAGCAAUAUUUCGAGCGAAAAACGCGGACACAGUGUCGCCAAUUACCUGGUUUAUCUCUGCGUUCACUAAUUUAACGAGAGUAUUUACUAUAUGGAUGGACUCGGCGGACAGGUUGCUACUAGGAAAUUUCAGUAUCUCCGUGAUCCUCAGCUCGAGCAUCAUGUUCUCCGCAAUUUACUACAGAUGGAACCGGGUGAAGCAAGAUUAAACAAGCUCAAACACGACUCAGUGCCACGAUACGGAUCUAGUCAAAUUCACAUGCCGUUGGAUUUUCCCGCUUGCUACUUAAUCGACGAAGAAAUGAAGAAGAACGUGCAAUACCGUGCAAUAACCGCGUUACACUAGUUAAACUCUACACUUAAGCUUACGAACGCAGUUGAGUAAUUGUUCCAGAAGAAACAACGAGAGUUUAUAUAUAUAU